CGUAAGGUUUCUAUGGUCGCAAAUAAAUUUUAUUUGGACAUUCCGGCAGCACAUCCUUUCUGUCAAAAGGUAGCCAUAGUUGACUCGUGUUUAGUAUGCUUGUGUGAAAGUUAGGUCGGAAUCAUGCAGAUUUUCGUGAAAACCUUAACUGGCAAGACCAUCACUCUUGAGGUCGAACCAUCAGACACAAUCGAAAAUGUUAAAGCCAAGAUUCAAGACAAAGAGGGAAUCCCUCCAGAUCAACAGAGGUUGAUCUUUGCUGGUAAACAGUUGGAAGAUGGCCGUACCCUAUCGGACUACAACAUCCAGAAAGAAUCAACUUUGCACUUGGUCCUCAGAUUGAGAGGAGGUGCGAAGAAACGUAAGAAGAAGAAUUACUCCACCCCCAAAAAAAUCAAACAUAAGAAGAAGAAGGUCAAGAUGGCCGUACUCAAUUAUUACAAAGUUGAUGAUAGUGGAAAGAUCCACCGAUUGAGGAGGGAAUGCCCAAGUGAGACAUGCGGUGCUGGUGUCUUCAUGGCAGCCAUGGAGGACAGGCAUUACUGCGGAAAGUGUGGAUACACACUUGUUUUCUCUAAGCCAGAAUGAGGUGUAUUGGCUUGUUAAAUAAUAUUUCAAUAAAUUGAUAAGUCCA